AUGAUGUAUGAUCAUAGUGAAACCCAUUACUUUGAUCCUCAUUCCAUACAAGUUGGAGUACAAAACGAAUCCACUUUUGCCACAGCGGCAAUGGAUUUUCAGCUAGAUCAAAAAUUUAAUAAUGCCCAUUUGAUGCAAGAAGUUAUCGUUAUAGAAGACGAGCCGAGCCCGGUUCAAAGUGGCUCCAUAGAUUGCAACGUUCAUCAUCAGCAAGAGAUGAACGUUUAUAAAGAGAUUCAAGAACCAAAUACUCACUAUCACCAACAAGAACAGUUUUAUGAUCAGCAACAAAUUGAUGAGUUACAACAUUUAUCAACUGAUGGCGUCGACUUAGGAUCAUGCUCGACGAGUUUACCUAACUUUUAUUUGGAAAUAUUUGGAGAAUCCAGUUAUAAUGAUGAAGUUGUUUAUGGAGGAGAAAACGGGUCGGGGUCGAUCGAUGUUUUGUACGAAAAUGAUCCCAUGUCACUUAAUUUGAACAAUCUUCCUCCUUCACAACCUCCAGUUAGAGAAUCGUUUGAAGCUUUGCCACAAAACUACGGCGUUAGUUGUUCAUUGUUUGGUGGUAAAAUGGAUGAUUCGACAAAAGAAGUUUAUCAACAACAGUAUGGAGCUGAUAACAAUGAAAUGAGACAAUUCGACAACUUGGUGGCAGAUUUUAAACGCGAAAUGAAUAACAACAUUCAUGGUGUUGGCGGAAGCCGUGCAAGGAGUACAAAUGGUUUGGGAAUAGCUAGCCAUGGAAACAAACAACACAUUACAAGUACUGAAAAAAUGAAACGAGAGAAAUUGGGUGAUCAGUUUAGAGCUCUGAGUUUACUGGUUCCUAACCCUAGCAAGCCUGAUAGAGCUUCAGUUCUAGCAAGUACAAUUGAUUACAUAAAUGAACUAAAAGGAACAGUUGAUUACUUGAAAGUAUUGAUUGAUAAAAAGAGAAAUGAGAGAAACAAGAAGUCUAGAAUCGAGAAUGAAGCAGUAGCUGGGGAUAUGCCAACUUCAAGUACUACGAAUAUUGAUCGAGAUCAAAACUCGUUUAAUGGGCAAGUAAGAAGUUCAUGGUCUCAAAGGAAAUCAAAAGACGCUGAAGUAGAUGUUCGGAUGAUCGAUGGUGACGUAACGAUUCAGCUUAUAGUUCAGCGACCAAAGAUGAUAAAUUUGUUGCUGGGUGUUUCAAGUAUUUUCGAUGAGCUUCAGUUGGAUUUACUUCACAUCUCUAGUGGUUGCAUUGGGGACUACUAUAGCUUUUGGUUCAACAUUAAGAUUCUAACAGGUUCUUCAGUGUUUGCAAGUGCAAUAGCCAAGAAACUAAUUGAAGGGGUGGAGAAAACGAUCCAGCAUUAA